UUAUUCAUCAAAUAUCACACCUAUUAUGACGCAUACAAAAUGAAAGUAAUACGUUACAUUUAAUACAUACACACGGUUUAACGUUUAAUAAGAUAUGUUCAUGUGUUUGGUAAACUAUAAUGUCAAUUUACCCUUGUACGAUAAGCAGUGCAAAAUAUAUUGUUUUGAAAGGAAAUAAGAACAGCUUUUGUGUCUGGAAAAAGUCAUGCAAUUAAUAUGGCUCAAGGUUAAGAUAAAGUUUUACAAGAUCAGCUGAAUAUAAUCACAACAAUUAUCAUAAGUCAUAAACUGAUCAUUUAGAGACAUUAGUAAUCGAACGUGUCUUAUCUCAUUAGCUUACUGACAUUUCCUUAAAUUUUUUAUAAAUUGAAUACACAAUAAUAUAACUGCUUUUAUUCAUUAUGACAGUUACAGUUAUGAAGUUGACAAAAUAGUGAUUUUUUUGGAAGUUUUUAUUUUAAAUUGCAUUUAGAGAAAGUCAAAAUUUACAGAAACAUUUAAAUCAUGGAUUUUUCUGGUAAUGACACACCAUGGGGAUUACGUUGUCUCGAAUGGAUAUUAAACAAAUUUUGUCCUCACAGAAGAGCAAAUAAGCUAGCCUGGCAUCAAGCUGGGAUAUUGGUUCUUACUUAUGUAGGAUAUACCUGUUAUCAUUUAUCAAGAAAGUCUCUUUCUGUUGUCAAAACUGUACUCCAUUUGAACUGCAGUACAGUAUCACCACCCCCAAAUCUUAUAAUCAAUGAUGAUAAUCGAUAUACAUGGUGUGAUUGGAAACCCUUUGAUACUGAGGAUGCUCCAGCUCUAUUAGGUGUACUAGAUUCAGCAUUUCUAUUUGCUUAUGCAUUUUCAAUGUUCUUCAGCGGAAUCUUGGCUGAACGAAUGAACCUUCGGUAUUAUUUAUCUUUAGGAAUGAUAGCAUCUGGAAUAGCUUCAUAUUUACUUGGUAUAGCUAAGAUUUACAAUAUUCAUAGUUUAUGGUAUUUCGUAUUCGUACAGGCACUUGGAGGAGUAUUUCAAAGCAGUGGGUGGCCUGCAGUUGUUACAUUAGUAGGAAAUUGGUUUGGCAGAGGAAAGCGAGGUCUUUUAUUUGGAGUAUGGAAUUCUCACACUUCAAUAGGGAAUAUUUUAGGGACUAUCAUAGCUACAGCAUUUAUUACGACUAACUGGGGACUUAGUUUUAUUGUUCCUGCAAUUAUAAUUAGUAGUGUAGGAUUUAUUAUCUUCCUUUUCUUGGCUCCUCAUCCGAAGGAUGUCGGUUGUAUUACUCCAGAUAUGCACGGUUACAAAAAAUUAGAUGCAACAAACAGUUCAGAUGAAGGAAUGUCAGGAGAUGACCUCGAAAGAACCCAAGAAAACGAUGGAGAUCAAUCCUUUCGACUUAAAAAAUGGUAUCAACAUAAUUUGGAACUCGAUUCAGAGGGUAUUCGUUCUGAAACAAGUCCCAUGUUAUCUGUAAAUCAACGCAUGCAACAAGAUAAUGGAAAUCGAGCUAUUGGAUUUUUUGGAGCAGUGAAAAUUCCUGGUGUUAGAGAGUAUUCUAUUUCAUUAUUUUUCUCCAAACUUGUUAUAUAUACAUUCAUGUAUUGGCUGCCUCUGUAUAUUAAUUCUUCAACUGAGUAUGGAGCAACUUUGAGCGCUUAUAUUUCAGUUUUAUUUGAUGUCGGUGGGAUAAUAGGAGCGAUUUUAGCUGGAAUAUUAGCUGAUUAUUGUGGAAUGAGUGCUGUAACAUGUGCAGGGAUGUUAUUAACAGCCAUUCCACUGUUAUUCAUUUAUGAUCACGCUGGAAAUUCAAGUUUCACUUUGAAUGUGAUAUUAUUAUUAAUUGCUGGAAUAAUGGUUAGUGGACCACCUGCUUUAAUAUCAACCGCUGUAGCUGCAGAUUUGGGGACUCAUCCUAAUCUAAGUGAAGGUUCAAAAGCAUUGGCAACUGUAACAGCAAUUAUUGAUGGUACCGGAAGUAUUGGUGCGGCACUUGGACCGCUUUUAGCAGGCGUUGUGUCACGAUGGGCUGGAUGGCAUAACGUUUUUUACAUGUUAAUGACUGCCGAUUUUUUUGCAUUGUUAUUUUUACUUCGAUUAGUAUUCAAAGAUCUGAGGUUGUAUCGACAACGGCGAUUGGUCGUUUAGAUAAUUUCAUAUUUUUCUUUUAACAUAUGAUGUAUAUUUUUUAAUGAAAAUAUUUUAAUGAACUAUCAAUGAAAAAAUGACUACACAAUCGCAAAAUGUGCAAAUGUAUUACUAUGUAUUUUUUGAUGAAUUAUAUACGAGAGGAAAAAAUAUAAAUAAGUUUUUAAUAAGUAACUAAAUAUUUUUUA